UGUCGUCAGUGUCAAAAGUCAAAUAUAAUGGUUUUGUGGAUUUUGUGGCUUAUGUAUUGAAUCGAAUAAUACUAAAUUAUUUAUGAUAAUUUAACGUUGUGGGGACAAACGGUGCCUAUUAUUCACUGGACUAUUUAUUUAAUAAUCUGUAGUCCGAUUCGUGAGAAUGGAGGUUAUGUUUACAUAACUGUCUUUUUUUUUAAAAUGUCUAUUAAUGUGACUGUCACUGGAAAUCCAAUUAGUAUAAAACGAGGAAAAAUGGUUACUUCUGACUCAUACCAAGCUAAAAAAGAAUUUGAGAAAAGACGUCUCAUGAGAUUAGAACAAGUUCGACAGCAGUCGAAAGAUAUAGCUGAAAAUGUUCGAAAUAAAGUACGAAAGGAAAAGAAAAAACAAAUGCGCGAAAUCGAAGAGGAGGGUAAGGAGAAACUAAAGAACUGGCAAAACAGAAAACUUCUGGAACUACAAACUCAAUAUGAAGAAGCAUUACAAGAACUUGGAACAGGACAUAAAGAAGCCAUGGAUUUUGUAGAUGAAAAUGAAAUUUUAACCGAACAAAAAAAACUUAGUGACAAAAUUGCUACUCAUCGUGGUCAAGUAGCUGCAACCGAGUUACAAAUACAGAAAAAUAAGGAAAAUCUUAAGAAAGCAAUACCAAUCCAGCAGAAAAAGUUUGUUAGAGACAUAGAAAAUACUAGGGCAUCAUUGGUAUCUGGGCUUAAAAAGAACAAACCUUGUGACGCAGAGUGCAACGUUAAAACUAAAAAGAGAAAAAAACCAAUUGCUGAUAUAAAUAUAACUAUACCAAGUUCAGAUUCAGAGUGUUCAGAAUUAGCAGUAACUAAAGUGGGAAAUCAUUCAGAAGAGGAGAAAUUGUCAAAUGUAAAUGAGAAAGAAGAGCCUUCGACUAAUUCCUGUGAUUGUACCGAUACUACUGAUAGUACUAAGGAACCAUCUGAUAAAACAGAUUAUUCAGUAUUGAAAUCACAUCGUUCGGUAUCACCAAAAAAUCAAGAACAAGUGACAAUAACUGGAGUUACAAAUCUAGCAAAGCAACUACAUGACAGAAGGAAAUUAAUUGAAGAAUUCCGACAAAAAUCAAGUAACAUGGGCCCACCGUUAGACACCAGAAUUUCGGACAGAAUUAAAAGAAGGGAAUUAAUGGCAUCUCAACCAGAUUACUGUGAUACCGUUGCUAAAACUCAUCCGACACCAUUUAUAGAAAGUAAUACCCAACUGAGAGAUGCAAUCGAUGCUCGUAAUAUUAAUAACGUUCCUGUAGAAAUUAAUUGCAUUUGUGGGCAUAAGUGUCCGAAAAUUUGUGGUAGUAAAUUUAAAGACCAACAUGUGGAAGAUAACAGUAAAAUAAAACUAAGCAAAGGUGAUCUAAAAUCAAAACAAACAUCUUUGCCUCAAGAAUUAAGUUCUGAAGGUGAAAUUCCCGAUAAACCAGCUGUUAAAUUGAAAGAAAAAUAUGGUCAAACCAAAAGAACUACAGGACCCUCUAAAGAUACUUUAGAAACAUAUGAUUCUCAUAAAGUGAAGUAUUACGACCAUCCAAAUAGAUUUUUUCAAGAGAAACAGUUUCCUUCCAAUACUCAUGUAGAGAAAAUCAGCGGAGACAGUCUGGAAGUAGUUCCAGAUGUGAUAUCUGAAGAAGAAUGGCAGCAAAAAAUGAAACAACGAGAUAGAGAUGCACAGAUAAGAGGCCAAAAAGCAUUGGAAAAGGAAAGGAUUCAGAAAGACUAUGAAGAGAUGUUAAAAAAAUUACCUCUCCUUCAGAAAAAGGAGCGUAUCUGUGAAAUAGCUAAGGAUAAACAAGAAUAUCACAUGUCUGAGGAAAGACUCAAGGAAAGGGACAGAAAAAAGCAAAAUGAAUUAGAUAACGCCUUUAAUAAGUUGUUCCCGAAUGUAAAACCGGCCGUAGUGACAUUGCCCAGUAAAAUUCAUGAAAAGGAAACCGUAAGACCAGCAACCGAUGAACCUAUACAAUCAUUAAACAUAGGUAAUUGGGAUGUGGAUCAGGAGGAACCAAAAAUGUUCACCAUUGAAGAAGUCCAAGAAAUAGUUCAAGCUUUUACUGUGCAAAACCCAAAGGACCGCCGAGCAAAAUUGAAGCAACUCUUAAGGAGCUUGAAGCUGCAAAAGGAACAACUGAUCAAUGAAAUAAAGUCGCUUCCUUCGAAUGACAGCAUAAAUGAGUUGAUAAGCGAUUUAAAAUCCUUUAGCGACAGUGACGACAGAAGCAGCGGUAGGAUUCGAAAAAGAGACGAAAAGUCUGAAAGGAAAAGAAGAAGAGAGGAACAUGACAAAGAGACUUCGACUGACAGUACCACAGAAAGUUCCUCCACAUCUUCAUCGAAGCAUGGAAAAGGAAAAAAGGUGAAAGAUAAGCAUAAGGGGCGUCAUCAUUCUGACACCAAAACUCCAUCUCCAAGAAAAAAACAAAAAAUAAAGUCGAUAACGAAAGUUUUGGUGUUACAAAAUACGAGUACGCAAACUACCCCUAAGCCUAGUUCAAACUCUAAUCAAGAUAAAACAGGUACUUAUGCUGUUGCGCCAAAACCUCAGGUUUUAUCCGUGGAUAAGGAAAAACCGAAGGAGAAACCAAUUUGCUCAAAACUUCAUACUCCAUGUGACUGCAACAAAGAAAAUGAGAGCACGGACGAGUUGUGUCAAAUUGUAAUAAAAAUAAAUGACAAUGAAGAGCCAGAGGUAGUUGUAAAGUCGAAAGAAAGAAAUGUUAAAGUUUCUGAAGAUGCAGUAAAAGCAGAAAGUCCAAAAUAUAAAAAACUGGAAACAAAAUCUAUUGGUAUCGGUACAGACGAAUUGAAAGGCUCACCAAAACAUGAAAAACCAGUCAGUAAUAAAGUUUUGAGUGAAACCCAGAAAAGUACAGAAGAUAAACCAAGAAAAGAUGUUACAAAAAGACACAACACUGAUCAUAAACUGGUCGAACCUCGGGUUGAACCAAAAAGAGACAAAAUACGUCAAGUGGAGACUACCGAAUCAAAAUCAAAGUCUUGGAAGGAACAGUUGAGUAAAAAUUCAAUUUCAACAUCUAGCACCUCUUACUUCAGUCCGCCAGAUUUUCAAAAAGUCGGAGCGUCCCAAGCACACUCCACCAUCAGUGAUGAAAUUAGGCAGUCCCUAUAUAACUUGCUGAAGAAACCCCGACAAGGCAAUUUCAGAGAUAUUUCCUCUGUUUUAAGUGUGUCGCCAUCUCAGACUUCUAUAGAUCAGAGAGCUGUAGAUCCCCGACUGCUUACUUUUAUUCAGAAAUUACUGAGUAUGUCUAGAGGAAGCGUAGAAAAUUUAACAGUCUCAACGAGCAGUGUACAAACACCGAGCCAGAGCGUGAUUGAAAUGGAAUCGAAUAAUCCUUUAGCACAGCUGCACAACUUAAUAAAAAAUUACAAUAUGAAAGACGUGGAACGCGAUCUCAGUUAUUCCCCGGAUUUGAGUCCAGUUCAUUACAAUACUAGCGUUAGUACCUCCGAGGGAUCACAGCCCCAACGUACACAAGAAAAAACCGCAAAUUUAGGUGAUGACCAUUCUUCGAAAAGUGUCAAGGCCGAUCAAAGUUCGAAGGGGGCAACAGACCGAGAUGCAAGUUCGUCUUCUGCUAAAUCUAAAGACUCCGUACUUGCGCAGUAUGCCGAAAUCACGGAUUCGUGUAGCAGACGAAUAGCACAGCUGGCAUCUAUGAUUGAGCAGAUUAGAGAAGAAAAGAUCCAGAUGUUGCAGAAUCCUCCAGCUGCGGAAACAGCAGAUAAAAUAGGCACACUGGAUAAAGAUUACUCGACAGCUUAUUUGGAUUUGCCAGGGUCUAAUGAUAGCAGCAGUAAAUAUUCAUCGGUAAAUAGUUUGGAUGAUGAAGAAUUGCAAAGGAGACUACUGGAUAUUGAUUUCAAUUUAGCAGAGAAGUUGAGAAAAUUCACCUCGACUAAAGAUGACAAAGCAUCUGAUGGGAACGUUGGAGAAAAUGAAAGAGAAGGUUCGUCUAAACCUAGUACUGAUGAAGGAAACAAGACUAAUACAGAACUUUGGUCAAGACUGCAGCAUUUGAUGCAACAGAAGGAACAAAAUGUUCCAGAAGUUUCAAGUGUCCCUCAUCAAACCACCAAAGAUAAUAUAUCAUUCGUCCCAUUUCUAUCUGACAUUCCUAAACUUCCUAAAUUAGAAGUCCAACCUGAAACCUCCAAAGUCGAUUCAAGUUCCUCUUCACAUAAACGUCCACCUCCUUCUAGGGGCCUAUCGGUGGCAAAGAAAUUUAAUGGAAAUAUUUCGCUGGUUCCUCAUGAAUUAUCGACGAUCGUUGAAGCGGACAGUCAAAUUUCCACCAAGAUAGGUAGUGCAAAUAACUCUAGAACUUCUCAGGAUGUUUCUCCUCGAAAAGAUUUUGAACUUGUAAUGCGGCCCGACGCUGAGUCUGCCAUUACAGGAAAUAGUACAUCAAGUAAGCAUUCGUCGAAGUCCAACAGGAGUUUGCCAGUCCAAGUGCCUAAAGUUUCUUUGACGUCUAAACAAAAGUGUGACGAUAGUUGUAGAGCCCCAUGUUCAGAAAUUGUGGCAACUCAAGAAAAACUUAUUGAGAAAAGUAAGACAACGCCACCAUCCCCCGUAUCAGAUGGAAGCAAUCCGUCGAUAAUCUUAACAAGUAGCAACUCGUCCACAUCUAAGAAGUCCAUUAAAAUAUCUUCAAGUUCGAGCGAUGACAUGGAAACAAUCGAAUCAAUGUUGAAGAGUAUCGGCAUGGAAUGGGCUAUUCCGACAUUGCAUAAAACAAAGGAAGCCUUAGCUUUAACGUCCAGCUCUAGUUCACUGGAACUCAGCGCAAAGAAACAAAUAUUGAGUAACAGCUCAAGUGGAAGCGAGGUUAGCUUGAGGCAGUAUUUGAAGAAGCAAAUCAGGAUCUCUUCUAGUACUCUGAAGUCGGACGCAAGCCCCGCCAGCUUUUCGGAGCUGUCUUCGAUCCAAGCCAAUAACUCUAAUGCCGACAAAAGUAAUCAGAAGACUUCCACGCCGAUAAUCAGUAGUAAGAGUACAGAGAGGUCUGGGAAAAGGGUGGCAUUUUCAGAGGAUUCUGAUUUAUCUUCUGUUAGAGAUGAGUCUCAGAAACAUUCCAGUAAGUCGGGUAAAACGUCCUUUCGUAGUUUAAGUGAUUACUCGCAUUCUAAGAGUGACACCUGAAUUGUAAAUAAUAAAUUUUUAUAUUGAUUAUGUACUUAUUUUGAUUCAUGGUUUUACAGUUAAUAUAUUUGAUUUUUUAUA